GCCCGGCAGCCGCGCCUCCCCUCGGCCCCCUCUCCUCCCCCGGCUGCGGCGGGCGAGGACAAGUCUAGGGACAUAAAUAAAUAAAUAAUUCCAUUCACCCGGCGACGGCGAGGCGAACUGGCUGCGGCGGGGGGGGUGGGGGCGGGCUGGGGAACGAAGAGCUGCAGCGCCCACCCCGCGCCCGAGACCGGGUAAAGAGGAACUGAGGGAAUAGAAGACAGGCCUACACUGGUACCUGGCUUACAUCGGUGGACAAGUCUCUAAUCUCUGAUCUUGCAUGGAACACUUGCUCAAGUUCUCCCUUCCGUUGUAUAGAACUUGAACUUUUGCUUCAAAAGUUUCCAGAUUCCAGCAGACUCCGAUUUCAAGACAUUGUGCUUCUGAAAAUCGAGAGUCUGCUCUACCUCUCUCCCUUUGCAUUAAACCUUCACAUAUCGCUUCAAGGAAUACUUGAUUAUCCACAGAUAAUCCAAAAAAAUCUCUUCAAGUUGGCAUCUAUCAACAGGUUACUUGAAUUUCAAAUAGAGGAGCAGAAAUGCCACCACCAGUAGGUGCCCCACUACUUCCACCUCCUGACGGAGGAUGGGGCUGGGUAGUGGUUGGAGCAUCUUUUAUCUCCAUUGGAUUUUCAUACGCAUUCCCAAAAGCUGUCACAGUGUUCUUCAAAGAAAUUCAACAAAUAUUCAACUCUAGCUACAGUGAGAUAGCCUGGAUAUCAUCCAUUAUGCUGGCUGUUAUGUAUGCAGGAGGUCCCAUAUCUAGUGUUCUGGUGAAUAGAUAUGAUAGCCGACCGGUAGUGAUGGUAGGAGGUUUAUUAUGCUGUUUGGGAAUGGUCUUGGCCUCUUUUAGUACCAGCGUAAUAGAGCUCUACCUCACUGUGGGAUUCAUUACUGGUUUAGGUUUAGCAUUCAACCUGCAGCCUGCCCUAACAAUCGUUGGCAAAUACUUCUACAAGAAACGACCCAUGGCUAAUGGCCUCGCCAUGGCAGGAAGUCCUGUUUUCUUAAGCACGUUAGCUCCUUUCAAUCAGUUCCUUUUUAAUACUUUUGGCUGGAAAGGAAGCUUUUUGAUUUUGGGAGGCGUAUUGUUAAACGCCUGUGUGGCUGGAUCACUCAUGAGACCUGUUGAGCCCAGAAAAGCUAGGAAGAAGUCUAAAAAUAAGAUUGGCGUAAGAGAGAAUGACCCGGAGGUGAAGAAAGGCCAUAAGAAGAAAUCAAGACUGGGAACAAUUAAUAAGUAUUUAGAUUUCUCCCUUUUUAAGCAUAGAGGAUUUCUGAUAUACUUAUCUGGAAAUGUCAUUAUGUUUCUAGGUUUUUUUGCCCCCAUUAUAUUCUUGGCUCCCUAUGCUAAGGACAAGGGAAUUGAUGAGUAUUCUGCAGCUUUCUUGCUGUCGAUUAUGGCUUUUGUUGAUAUGUUUGCUAGACCUGCUGGGGGAAUCAUUGCAAACUCCAAAUUUAUCCGACCCCGAAUCCAGUACUUCUUCAGUUUUGCGGUCAUGUUCACUGGAGUGUGUCAUCUCCUGUGUCCAUUGGCAGAGGACUACACAAGCCUGGUGUUCUACGCUGUAUUUUUUGGUCUCGGAUUUGGGAGUGUUAGCAGCGUCCUCUUUGAAACUCUCAUGGACCUGGUCGGCCCUCAGAGGUUUUCCAGUGCUGUGGGACUCGUCACCGUGGUGGAGUGUGGCCCCGUCCUUCUCGGCCCUCCUCUUGCUGGUAAAUUGGUGGAUCAAACCAGAGAAUAUAAAUAUAUGUAUCUAGCUUGUGGAGCUAUUGUGUUCCUAUCAAGUGUGUGGCUACUUAUCGGCAAUGCUAUAAACUACAGAUUGCUUGCAAAGGAAAAGAAGCAGGAAGAAGCAAGGAAGAAGAAAACACAUUCGCCUGAGUCCAGAGAAUGUGAACCCUUGAACAAAUCUAAAAAUCUUGAUGUUAGCAUCAAAAAUACCAGAACAGAGAAUAAUCCCUCAGAAAGAGAAACUAAUAUUUAAUAAGAAUCACAUCUCUGAUUUCAGUGUUUAUGACUUUCUUAGGAGUAUUUUUUUUUUCAAAAUAUUGGAAAGGUUUUUACUUGAAAUGAGUCAUAAUUAAGGAUGGAGGUGAAAUUUUCUUCAAUGGCAAAUUUUUAUAAGUUUGUUUUUAAAAAAAUUGUUUGUGUAGUUAAAAUUUGAGAUUAUGCCCAUAAAGAAUCCAUGCAAUGGGUUUAUUUCCAUACGUGACUCAGGUUGUGAUGGUUAAAGUAAUUUUAGAGUCUUCCAGUGACUUCCAGUCUUGGUUAUAGAGAUCUGAAUCCUAAACCCCUGGUUUAAGUAGCUAGAAGGAAUAUGUUUAAUUCUAUAAGAAUACCCUUUCCAAAUUUUAUUUUUUAAUGUUAAAUAGAAUCAAAGGGAAAUGAAUUUUUCUUCUAAUGUGCACAUGCGUGUGUGUGCACACACACACACACUCACCAAGUAUCUAGAGAACAGAAGACAAAUAAGUUCAGAAAGAAUAUUAUCACUGUACUUUUUUUUAACUUUAAAAAUAAAUCCAUAGAGAACGAAGAAAUAUAUUAGAUCUGCAUACUUUACAGUGUGGAUAUUAAAGAUAAGAACCAUGGGUGAGAUGAGGAUGAUUGAAUUUGAAAAUGCAACUAACUGCUGUUAAAAAUAAUUGCAUAUAUAAAAUAAAUUUGAAAAAAAAAAAACAACCCUCCAUUUUAAACCAUUAUUUCUGAGCACCGUCAAAUUCGAUUAAUCCAUUCACGUGGUUUCUUUGAGGAUGGCCACUAGUACUUGGUGCUAGAGAAGAGAGACCUCAAACAGUUUUCAGAAUUCUUAAUAUAUAUCACAUUAAAAGCCUAAAUGAUCCUUAGCAUUGAGCUACGUUCACUGAUUUUAAAAGGAUUUUAGUUACUAAUCCAGAAAGUAGUAAGCAGGGAUUUCUUUUAAUCAGAACUCAAUCCAGACUUCCUGUCAUAGACUUCAAAAUGGAAUCUACCAGAAUCCUGGUUGACAGGCUGACCUAUAGGCCAAAUUCUUUUUCCCAGUUAGGUAGCACUGAUCAGAGUUACUGUUCUGAGUGACCCAUACGAGUAAAGCUGACUAAGGGUGAGAAGUGCUUCUACUGAGGCCUCCCAAGUUCUCCCAUCUCUUUCCUCCCCCAACCCCCACCAAAAAUAAAAGCAAAACAGAGAAACCCAAAUGGGCCUUUGACUCUGCCCAAUCUCACAUUGUGGGAAUGGUGGCUCUUCAAAAUCUCACCUACUACCAGUCAGACUUCCUGCUAUCAGUGAAGUGACUAAUACACUGUUAAAGGUUUCUAGAACUGGAAGCUGUAUGUUACUUGGUAUACACAUGUGAAGGGUAGGCAUAGUUUAUCAUAUGAUAGUAAGAAGCUUGCAGCAUUGUGGGCCAGGUUAAUUUACUGGUUUCCCACUUUCAUAACGAUCUUAAAACAUCUGAGAAUCGGAAUCACACUUGAAUACGGAAGUAUAUGAUGGUUAAUGUGUACUCAGAACUAUAAAUACCAUUUUGAGUAAUAAAGUACUUCUAAACAAGGAAGAAUGUGUGCCUUGUGGCUAACAUGAUGUGUAUUUACAUUAAUAAAAUCUAAAAGUUAAGAGUAUGAUUAAUAAAAAACAUUUAGUGCUUGAUUAUUGAAGUGAUGUUACUAUUAAGAUGUCAAAACGAAUUUGCCGUUUUUUUUUUUUUUAA